CGUGUCAAAAGGGGUAAUUAAAGAUCUCUGGCUGUUUACAGCAGAGGCCUCACAGCUCCUCAGUGACCGCUUAGAGGAGUUGUGCUGGCUCCUUCCCGCGCUGGCUGGGCAGGGGCAUUAGCUUCUUUGCUGGUGUUUAGCUUCGUUCUUCGGUCCGAGCAGUGAGAAACUGCCUGGAGGGACGGCACUGACCGCCAGCUCUUCUGAGGAGCUCGGUCGGACAGGCUGGAUUCCUGACUCCUCACAGGUUCGGUCUGGCUGCUGUUAUAAACAUGCCACUGUACUAAAAAGGGGAUUUUGAGGGUUUAAAGCAAGGUAUCAGUGGUGGGGAGUCUUGUUUAUUUUCUUUUCAAUUUAGAACCAUGUUCACUGGUCGGGGCUCCAGGAUGAAGCAGGAGAGUUUUGAAUGAAAGGAGUUACCAGAAAAUAGAACCUUAUGGUCCAUAAGUGUUGAGGCAUUUGAAGAGACAUUUGUGUCUCCAGUUUGAAGUCAAACUAAGGUUAACAAGCACUGCUCAGGGGGAUGCACACACACCCCAGCUGAAGGAGAGGCAGGAAGCUCUUCCAGGGCAUUUCAGCUGGGCUCAGAGAGAGUUGGGCUCUGUUGGGAAGCCAGGGGGGGACUGAAUUCCAGCAGCGUGUGAGCCGGGCCCUCCUGCCGUGUGGUGUUUGCAGUGUUGGCUGGAGAUAGGACAACAGGAAGUCGGGAGAGUUUCACGUGCCUCAGAAGUGUGACACAACACUGGCUGCAUCAAAUGUCUGAAAAAUGGCUGAAUCGUGUUUUGUCAGGUUGUGUGGAGCUGUGUCCUUAGGAAGUGUCUCUUCCGCAGAGUGACAUCCCGGUCUGUGUGUGGAGUGGCCGUGCUGACCCCCGGCCGUGCUGACCCCUCGGUGAUGCCGGCCCCUGCCCCGCCGUCCUGGCGGGCUGAGGCGUGACAGCAGCACCACGGCGGGGCCGGCCCGGCCCACGCGCUGCAGGGUGGUCAUCUACCUGCAGAAGGACAUGUCGGGGGACACCUGCCUGGGCAGCGCCCUGUGCCCGGCCACGGGCCACAAGCCCAAGGCCGGCGGGCUGAAGGGCGGCAGCCUGGGGAACAAGUACGUGCGGCUCAACGUCGGGGGCUCCCUGUACUACACCACGGUGCAGGUGCUCACCAGGCAUGACACCAUGCUCAAGGCCAUGUUCAGCGGCAGGAUGGAGGUGCUCACCGACAAGGAAGGCUGGAUCCUCAUAGACCGGUGUGGGAAGCACUUUGGAACAAUUUUAAACUAUCUCAGAGAUGACACAAUUGCACUUCCAAAACACAGGCAGGAGAUCAAAGCAUUGAUGGCAGAAGCCAAAUACUAUCUCAUCCAGGGCUUAGUGGACAUGUGCCAAGCAGCCCUGCAGGACAAGAAAGACUUGUAUGAACCUGUCUGCAGCAUCCCUAUUAUCACCUCUCCAAAAGAAGAGGAGAGACUGAUAGAGUCAUCAAUGAAACCUGUUGUUAAACUGCUGUAUAAUAGAAGCAACAAUAAGUACUCCUACACCAGUAACUCUGAUGACAACUUGCUGAAGAACAUCGAGCUGUUUGACAAGCUGUCCCUGCGGUUCAACGGCAGGGUGCUGUUCAUCAAGGACGUGAUCGGGGACGAGAUCUGCUGCUGGUCCUUCUACGGGCAGGGCCGCAAGCUGGCCGAGGUGUGCUGCACCUCCAUCGUCUACGCCACGGAGAAGAAGCAAACCAAGGUUGAGUUCCCCGAGGCACGGAUCUAUGAGGAAACCCUGAACGUGCUGCUGUACGAGACGCCCCGAGUCCCGGACAACUCCCUGCUGGAGGCCACGAGCCGCAGCCGCAGCCAGGCCUCGCACAGCGAGGACGACGAGGGCUUGGAGCUGCGCGAGCGCGUGCGCCGCAUCCACGUCAAGAGGUACAGCACCUACGACGACCGCCAGCUCGGCCACUAGCUGGGCCGGGCCCUGGGCAGGCUCCAGCUCACCCCCUCGUCCCCGGGCAGAGGGGGAUCCCUGGACAGCGAACUUCACGGGGCGCCUCGGCCCCCUGGAAAAGCAGCGGGGAUCUGUGUGCGCAAAGCUGCGCUAAAGGCCAAGGGCUUGGAGAACUGAGGUGUGAGUUGUGCACCUUGUGCUUUACCUGCAGGCUGGCCCCUCUUCCUGCUGGGGAGGGGGACGUGGAACGCUGGCUCUCGGGUUGUGGUUGCUCUUUCCUGUCUAACGAUUUGCCAGUUUUCCCCUUGCUGUGACCAGCACUGCUCUUCCUGAGUCAGGUGGGGCGGUUUGAACAGCUCUUUCCAGACAGCUGCCCUUUCAGAGCCUUGUGUAAUGGAACUUGCAGUUAUUAAAUCAAGAUACUGAAGAGAGAGCUUGAAUGUGGCUGCUCUUGGCAGACCCUACAUGGGAUAACCCCCAGGAGAAACGUUUAGCUGGCCAGUCAGCUGCACCUGUGCUCUCCCACCCCUGUCCCCCGAACACCUGCAGAGGUUUGUGUUCCAGGAAAAUGUCUUUAAAACUCAUUGAUUCCAAGGCAAGCUCUUACAAAGUGGUAAGAAUCAAGUCAUCAGCCUCUCCAUGAGAAAAAUGGAAAUCUCUGAAAAUGUAAAUGUGUAGGUAAUGACUUGUCCUGGGAGAGAGGGAAAUGGGUGUGGUGAGGGAAAAAACCUGAAGUAAGCAAACUUGAGCAGAUUGUGGCACUGUUGCCCUGGUUGAAGCUUGUCUCUGUGAAAUCCUGUUUAUAUAAACAAGGGCAAUCUGGGGAAUUGGUUUUACAUUCUUUUCCUCCUGUGGCCUAAAAGUGCUAUUUGAUGUUAAAUUUCUCAAGCAGCGGGGGAAAAAUUGCAGUGGCUGGAGAAGUACAGGCAAACAGUAUUUUCUAAGGCUAGAACAUGUGAAUUCAAGUUCUGUGUCCUGAAUCCCUUUUAGAGGGUAGAAGUUAAGGAAGAAAAACAUCUGUGAAAAUAUUGUUCUAGCCUGGAACUGCAAGAGGAUUUGGGCGCAGGAGAGAGGUGGCUUACACUGGAUCUUAAACUGAAAUAAGUCUGCUCUGAAAAUUCGGAAAUUUCUGGAAAUUUUCUGGAAACGGUUUCAAGUUCAGUAUGAAAAGCCAUUGUAUUUUUAAACAUUUGCCUGUAUGUUUGAGGUGUAGGUAGCAGUUUUGCCACUGUCAUGGUUAUUGCUGCUGGCUGCCCACUGGAGCCAGGGAUAUUUUGGAUAUAUUCCACAGCUGCCUUUGUGUUCCCAUGUCAUACUCGGUCACGAAGCUCCUGAUUCCACAAUGGUCACUCCUGAACUGCUUUGACCAGUGCCAAAUCCACCUGUAAGAUUUAAAGAAAAUUACUGCAGAAGCCUAACAGCAAAAUGAUCCCAAAUUAUUGCAGGGAGUUCCUAAGGAGAAUUGAGAUCUAGAUGGUUUGGGAGUAAUAGAAGCAGGGGAGGGAACAAAAAAUUAUUUGCACUCAUUAAGGUUUUUGAAAAUUAAAAUGUUGUGGAUUAGUAAGAAAACACUAACAGACUUCUUGGAUUUUCUUGCCUCUACAUGUGGCAGGAUUCACUUCAUUCUUCUCACCUUCAGGAAGCAGCAUUGCACAGGGAUGCACCUGCCUUCUUGUGAAAGGCCUCUUGAAGUCUCUAAUAAUCCUAGCAGUCUCUUUUUUAUUUCUUUCUGUAAGUUUUUGUUUUCCAGCUGGUUAUUCUGUUAUGCCAGGGAAAAUACAGCUGUUGAGAUUUAGUUUCAACAAAGAUUUUUGUGGUAUUUCUCUCUAAUUCUGCUAGAGUGUGAUGUGGAUUUUUAAAUUUUUUUCCCUCCACUAAUGCUAUUUAAUUAGAAGGCACCAGCAGAGGCUGCAAUGAUGGGGUCUUUGUGCUGCAUUUAAUAGCUUCAAGUUAUUGUCUUGUACUUUUUCUGUCUUGUAACAAAGGCUGAUGCCAUAUAAAAAACAUGUGGCACUUCUGUUUCUUGAAAAAUGAUUUCUGUUAUUUUUUUCUUGUUACUAUCGUAGUGUAUGUUAACAGAGUAAGUAAGUGAUGCUGAUAGCCUUACAAAACUGUGUUUAAAUGAAGUUAUAAGCAGAAAAAUGUCAUAUUUGCCUUUUUUUUCUGGGAAGGAGUGUGUGAAAGAGAAUGUCAGAUCCCUGUGCUACUCCAGAGGCUUUCUGUGCUCACAGGAUUCAUGAACAAAAUGGACCCAACUUUGAAUUGUUACACUGUAAAAAGCAGAGAAAAGCCUGUGUUUUGGUUUCAUUUUCCUUUCCCUAUUUCCCAUGGCCAGCAAGCAGUAUUCAUUUCUGAUUUGAAUUUAGAUUAAUUAACCUGGGAAGCAGACAGUUUCGAGAGCCAUCUGGGUUGUGAGAAUCUUUUACCAAGUGCAAAGGAUCUUCUUGGUGUUUGUGGAACGUGGAGUAUCAGUAGGAACUGUCAGCAGCUAUGCACGUUUGAAAUACGUGCAGAUAUCCUUUUCAUUUCUCUGUGGGUUCUCCUGAGUCCUGUGUGUCUGGAGCUGCUCCAGCACGGGGUGUCACUGAAUCUGCCUUGCCCCAGAAUCCUGCCCUGCUCCAGUCUCUGUCCCACCAGGUUCUGAUCAGUUCCAGUACUGCAGCUGAGAUGUCACACAUGCUUUGUAUUCUCACCUGAAGCAGUCUUUGCAUGAUGAAGGCUAUUAAUUAUUGUGACAGGAAUGUUCUAGGCAUUCUAGAACAUGAGUUUACAGCCAGUGUAGGGCAGGAGCAGCAGCAGGGAGCAGGAUGGCACAGUCUAAAGGCAGCAUUGAUGGGUUUGCAGUGAGCUCUCCAAGGAUCUCUGCUCAAAUUUAACACAGAUUAAGACAAUACAGGUUUCUAAUUAUAUGUGUUUGUCUGCAAGUUGAGAUUUGUACUGACUUCACCCAGACCAUCCCCAGUGGGUGCAUGAACAGUGUGCCCGGGAAUUUGGAGUGGCCUUUGGGAGAAAAAAGAGCCUUUUUGCUCCUCUUGUAGGGUGGGAAUUGUAACCACAUUAGCUGCCAUUCUUACAGGACUUGCUGUCCCUCCUCACUCCUAAAUUGAGUGAAAGCUUUGUGCAUUCAGGCAGUGCCCUGGAUGAGGGAGGGAGUGAGUGGGAGUGCCAGCUGUGCCCAGCCCUGUCCAGAGGGCCACGGGGUGUUUCCCACGCGGAGUGCCAGUGCCCUGCCAGCCCCUCGGGCCCUCUGCAGGGGGGGAGGCUCGGGCUCAUGGGGCAGCAGGCUCAGAGGAGAGAGCUCUGCAGGGCUCAGCUCAGCACCCGGACCAAAGUCACUGCUUAACCUUCUCCUUGACAUUCUGAACAGGAGACAUUUGUCCUGCUGCCAUCUCCCACUCCAGUGACUUUUAUCUUUUGCACUUUCUGGUUAAAACAGAAAAUAAGUGAUGGACAGGGAGGGUGUUGCAGGGGCCGUGCUGUCACCCAGAGCUGCGUUUGAGUGGGCAUUGCUUACUGUGGGCUUGGUUUGAUUUUGUUCUUCUCGAGGUUUUUCAUUUUCAGACAGAAUCCUCUCCAGGCAAUGCUGGAGAUACACCUGAGCUGGAUGGCUCUGCCCAGCAGCCCCUGCCUUACACAAUGAGGUGGUGUUCUGAGACAAUCCUUGGCAUUCACCUGGCAGCCCCUUCCCCUGUGCUGUGGGACAGGCUGUGCCUGGAGGCAAGUCCUGCUCCAGCUCUGCCCUCCUCAGGGACAGACGGCAGGCUCUCUUUUCUGCGUGUGUGUCACUUCUCAUCCAAUGGAAUGAGUAAGACCCUCCCCUACCUCACAGGGUGGCUGACGCUUAAUUUGUUUAUUGAGAGUAAAGGAUUCUUUGGGAUUUCUAUGAUGUUUUAUAUCCAGAGGAUAACAAAUAUGAUUGCUGAUCUUGUUUAAAUUGACAUUCUGUGAUCAAGUUAUUUUCUUAGAGAUUCAGUCUUCGUUUUAUUUUCAUGCCUAACUUUUAAGGGUCAGUUUUACAAUCAAUUAUCUGAUGAUUAAAGUAUUUCACCUGUGCAUUAAAAGGAAAUAGAACACUAAUUUUUAAUAAAGUGUUAUAUUUUGUCCUCUGUGAUUUUUCUCCAA